GUUUUGUUUUGUUUGCAAUUCUCUUUUAAUCUGUAUAACACCAUAAACCAUAAACACUUGAAAGUCAAGAUGUCCGUACAUUUCAUUUUGACUAUUUAGAAAGGAUAAAAAAGUAGAUCUUUUCUUUGAAAUUUCUUCAUCUUUUAACUGUGUUUGUUAACUUUAUUCCAUCCCAUUCUAAGAUCCAAGUCAAUAAACCCAUUUGUCAACCGCACAUAUUUUUCUCUGAGCUCCAAUUUUUGAUUGAGUACUAGAGCUUCUGUUCUGUUCUGGUUUUCCCUCGUUGAAGCUAAAACAACUAGGGAUAGGAUUCCAUUGUAUUAUCAAGAGGGUAACCAAAUUUUUUGAAGGUUAAAUGCUUUGUGGUUUUUCCAUUAAAAAUCUUUCUAGUUUGGUGGUGAAGGGUUUUGGAGUUCAUCAAAGAAAGGUUUUUUAUCUUGAGUCUUUGUGAUUGUUCUUUUGGGUUUUGCUUCUUCUAUGGCUAUGGCAGAUUUUAAAUCUGUGUUUCCGGAGUUUGAAGGGGAAGAUAAGUUAAUUGCUGCGGCUAAACACAUAUCUAGGGAAUUGAGCUCCAAUAAGGGGCUUACAGAUGAAGCUAGGAGAAUUUUGAUUAAUCUUGGUACUCAAUUGUCAUCCAUUUCCUUAACUGAUGAGACUAAGAGUGAGAAGGUUUGUGAGAUCAAAAUGAUUGAAAAUCAACUUGAUUCUGUUGAAGAGAAGGUUAGGAUUUGGGAAACAGAUCAGUCUAUGAUUUGGGAUUCUGGGAUGGAUGAGUUUGAUGAGUAUCUUGAUGCUGCUGAGGAGGCUAGGAAAUUGACUCUAAGGUUAGAGAGUUUGUCUUUGAAUCAAGAUGAGGGUGGUGAUGAAAAGAAUGAGCUGCAAAGAAAGUCUUAUGAUAUUCUUCAAACAACAAUGGAUAGACUUGAGGAAGAGUUUAAAUACAUACUUGUUCAGAGUAGCCAACCCUUUGAGCCUGAACACAUGUCGUUUCGUUCGAGUGAGGAGGACACUCUGGAUGAGAGCUCCAUGAACUCUUUUGGGGAUGAUUCAGUUGAGGAAUCUCUUCAAAGAGAUAGUCUCAGCAGAAUCUCUGAUGAAUUGAUUGUGGAUUUGGUCAAUCCUGAUGUGAUUCCUGAGCUAAGAAGUAUUGUGAAUUUGAUGUUCAACUCGAAAUACGAUCGUGAAUGCAUUCAAGCAUAUACUAAUGUCCGGAAGGAUGCUUUGGAUGAGUGCUUGUUCAUUCUUGAGAUGGAGAAGCUAAGCAUUGAGGAUGUAAUCAGGGCUGAGUGGGGUAGUUUGAACUCCAAGAUCAGGAGAUGGAUUCGUGCUAUGAAGAUCUUUGUUCGGGUUUAUCUUGCUAGUGAAAAAUUGCUAUGUGAUCAGAUUUUCGGGGAGCUUGGAUCCAUCAGUUCAGUUUGUUUUGUUGAAUUAUCAAAGACCUCAAUGUUGCAGCUUCUGAAUUUCGCAGAAGCCAUGUCAAUUGGCCCUCAAAAACCAGAGAAGUUGAUUCGGAUUAUUGACAUGUAUGAGGUGCUUGCUGAUCUCAUUCCUGAAAUAGAAGCCUUUUACGUGGAAGAAUCUGGUUCUUCCAUAACCAUGGAAUGUCAUGAGGUUCUAAGCAGAUUGGGGGACUGUGUGAAGGUGACUUUCAUCGAAUUCAAGAAUGCCAUUGCUUCUAACCACUCUGCAAAUCCUAUAUCAGGAGGGGGAAUCCAUCCUCUAACCAGAUAUGUCAUGAACUACUUAAGGACACUUACUGACUACAGUGAGACCCUCAACUUUCUUUUCAAGAACAUUGAUGAAGAAGUUGAUCAGUUCACAAUAUUGUCUCCUGAAAGUAGUCCAACUUUUAGAGAAGAGGAGAAAAGAAUUAGACUUUCCCCAUUGGCUCAGAAUUUAAUGUCAGUAAGUGAAGUUCUUGAAGGAAACCUUGAAUCCAGGUCCAAAUUAUACAAGGAUGUUUCAUUACAACACUUUUUCUUGAUGAACAACAUUUAUUAUAUGACUCAGAAGGUCAAAGGGUCUGAACUAAGGCCUAUAUUUGGAGAUGGUUGGAUUAGACAUCACAACUGGAAAUUCCAACACCAUGAAAUGGACUACCAAAGAGCUAGUUGGGGUCCAAUCCUUUCUUUAUUGAAGGAUGAAGGAAUACAAAAUCCUGGUUCGAACUCCGUCUCAAAGAUUGUUCUCAAGGAGAGGUUCAGGAGCUUCUAUCUUGCUUUCGAGGAAAUUUACAGGACUCAAUCAGCAUGGAUUAUUCCUGAUGCUGAGCUUAGAGAAGACCUGCGAAUCUCGACAUCUCUAAGAGUAAUCCAGGCUUACAGGACAUUUGAGGGAAGGCAUUCUACUCACAUUAGUGAUAAGUACAUCAAGUACAAUGCUAAUGAUUUGGAGAAUUAUCUUUUGGAUCUGUUUGAGGGAUCACCUAAAAUAUUACACUGUCCAAGCAGAAGGUGAUCUUGCUUAAUGUAUGAAACAUAAACUUGUGUUUUUCAAUUAGUCUUUUGCUAGCUCUUGUUUGAUAAAUAAACAGGGUUAGGACUUAGGCUGAGUGUAGUCUUUUCCCCCAUUUAAGAACAAGGGGAGAGAUAUGAUUGUUACCUUAUUACUUCCAUAUACAUGAUGUUGUAUGGUUUCAAAAGUUUACUGUUAUCAUUUGUUAAUUCAUAUUUAAUCAAUCAAAUAAUAUUUGGGACUAA